AUGAAGUGGGUCUUUGUUGCGUGUGCCAUGGUGGCACUGUCUGAGUGCCUGAUCCAGGUCCCUCUGGAGAAGACUAAGACAGCCAGGGAGAACCUGGAGGAGCAGGGUCUGUGGGAGCAGUACAGACUCAAGUACCCGUACAACCCCAUGGCCAAGUUCGACGAGCGCUUUGCCGUGGGCGACGAGGCCAUGACCAACGAUGCUGAUCUGGCUUAUUAUGGAGUCAUCUCCAUUGGAAGUCCUCCUCAGUCCUUCAAGGUCGUGUUUGACACCGGCUCAUCCAACCUGUGGGUGCCCUCCGUCUACUGCAGCAGUCCCGCCUGCAACAACCAUGACAAGUUCAACCCUGGCACAAGCAGCAGCUACAAACACAACGGCGGUUCCCUCAAAAUCCAAUACGGUACCGGCAGCAUGACCGGCUUCCUCGGAUACGACACCGUCACGGUGGGCGGGCUCGCUGUGCAGAACCAGAUCUUCGGCAUGAGCGAGACUGAGGCUCCCUUCAUGCAGUACAUGCGCGCUGACGGUAUCCUGGGCCUGGCAUACCCACGCCUGUCUGCCUCCGGCGCUACACCCGUCUUCGACAACAUGAUGAAUGAGGGCCUGGUCAACCAGGACCUCUUCUCUGUGUACCUGAGCUCUGACACUCAGCAAGGCAGUGUGGUGACCUUCGGUGGUGUUGACUCCAACCACUACGAUGGUCCCAUCUCCUGGAUCCCCCUCUCCAAUGAGCUGUACUGGCAGAUCACAGUGGACAGCGUCACUGUCAAUGGUCAGGUUGUGGCUUGCAAUGGCGGUUGCCAGGCUAUCGUGGACACUGGCACGUCUCUGAUUGUUGGACCUCAGAGCAGCAUCAGCAACAUCAAUACUAUGAUUGGAGCUUCCAGCCAGAACGGAGACUACAUGGUCAACUGUAACAACAUUGCCCAGAUGCCAGAUGUGACCUUCCACAUCCACGGACAGGAAUUCACCAUCCCAGGCUCUGCUUACGUUCGUCAGUCUCAGUACUAUGGCUGCCGUACCGGCUUCGGCAACGGAGGAGACAGCCUGUGGAUCCUGGGCGACGUCUUCAUCAGACAGUACUACUCCAUCUUCAACAGAGCCCAGAACAUGGUGGGUCUGGCCAAGGCUAUUUAAGCAACCUGAUGUCCCCCCCCUCCCAAGAUCCUUGAAACAAUCACAUGUACAUCUCAGUGUUGUGUAGGAUUCACAAAAUGCCUGAGACU